CAAUCCGCUGUGCUGAACGAGCACACAAUUUGGUGAUGCAGAAACGAUUGGCUUUACGUUUCGUUUUGCGCUGCGCAGAAUAUAAGAUAGGAGAAGUGUUUAACAUCCCCAUGGUUUAGGCUACCACGUUCUUAUAAUAGCCUAUAUAUAUUUUCAUAAUCUCAAAGUGACUCCAAGACAGGUUGGAAUGUCUGACUGAAAUACGUUAUACAUCUUUGUGUUUUUUCUAAAUUGGUUGUGUUUGAAUGUGUUGACAACAUGCGGGACAAGAUUGUUUGGUUGCUGGACACUGGACAAAGGGACAAAAUGCGGGACUGUCCCGAACAAUCCGGGAUAUGUUGUCACCCUUCACACAUGUCAUCGCGUGACUCAAGUUUACUUAUAUGAUGGUUAUUAUAUCAAUAGUUGUUCACAAGGUCAUUUCCACCGACAUUUCUCGCUUAGUUAAUUUUACAGACAGAAACAUACUUCCUUGUCAAGCUUAUUUUGUUUUGUCGACAUUUGUAAAGUUUACCGAAAACGUUUCUGUUUCCAUCAGGACUGUCAUAAACAUUUUUAUUAGACAUGUAACUUACUUUCCUCGCAUAAACAGGUUGGAUGGAAAUCUGGUUACUGAUCAAUUCAUUAAGUUAGGGAGAUGGGUAUGGUGCAUGGUUGGAAUGUUUCAGUUUUCCCCCAAUUGUGUCAUACUGUAAACUUUCGGUGGCUGUUAUAAAAAUGGACAUCCCAUGGAAAUUCAGUAGUGCCCUGACACACACAGAGAACCCAAGUAGGAAAUAUACUGAAACAACUCUUCUCGGUAGAGAACUUGUCAACAGGAACCUAGCUGGUUUUGAACUGCGGCCUCGUAGUUACAAUAAUACAUAUCGUUCUGAUAAGAACUGUACUUCUCAUUGUCAGAUGAUCCCAAAAGAGGAACCAAGGAACCAAAUGCAUCUCAAUAUGCAAAUAAGUGUUCUCAGAUGCAUAUACGAUAAUAUAUAGCCUGGAUGCCAGUCUGUUUGUGCUAAUAUGCCACUCUUGUACUUCGUGUCAUAUGACAAAUAUAAGGGGUGGAAUGUUAGCACAAAACAGUUCUGGAUUAAUGAAAUGGCCACCAGACUAUUUACAUUGAUCCCGCCCCUCCAUUUGUUAUGUACACUGCUGCUACUCGCUGUUUACUAUAUAUGCAGUCACUUUACUACAUGUACAAAUUGCCGCACACUAACUCAGUACCGGUAUCCCCUGUAUAUAGCCUCGUUAUUGUUCCAGAUAAUAACAGAACAUUGCCCACAUCUGUUCAUGCAAAACGUAUGUAGAGUAGAUCAUCUAUUUAUAUAACUUGGGACAUACUGUUGAAACCCCCAUAGUUUCUUUCUGGAGUGGUAAAAGUGACGUGAGAGUCAUACGCAUGUGGGGGAAGUUGUGGGGUGUUUUUUCUCACGGUUGCGGGGAACUGCAAGAGGUGUUAAAUACUAGAGGGUUUAAUUAAAUAUCACUUUGACAGAAGCCAAGAAGUCAGGCUUUUGAUCUCUCAAACAUUAUGGAUAUUCUGGGUUCACUACUAAUAAUUUUGCUGGGUACCAUCACAGGGACCAGGGCAGAUGUCCAUCCAAUAGACAAAUAUGGGUUGAAGGGCGGUGCGGUGUGUUUGACAGUUAGAGAAAACCCUCUUCAAGAGAUGGCGAUGAAAUGGAUGACUGAUAGCAAUGUAAUAGCUGUGAAGGAAAAAGUUUCUCCUCGAUACAAGGAGAGGGUCAAUUAUAACUCCACAGACCACUCUCUUUGUCUCAGGAAACUGGAACAAACAGAUACUGGAAUCUACAUUGCAUAUAAUGUUGAGAUAUGGAAGGAGACACAAAUGGUCAAAUACAAUUUGAUGGUCCAAGAAGCUGUUUCCAUACCAGUCAUGGAGGUGGUGUCGCUCUCCUCCAACUAUAGUGAUGGAAUGUGUGACGUCACAGUGAACUGUUCAGUUACAGGUGUGUGGGUGUUGUCUGUCUGUGAUGGAGGUCAGUGCACACUGUCACAGCAGUCUCUUUCACACACCAGAGUCAACAUCAUCAUCUCCAAUGACAACGGGACUAUCCAGUGCACUGGCAAAAAUAACUUCAGUGCAGAGACCAGCUCACAACGCAUGGAGGACAUAUGUAAAGGUGAGAAGAAGGGGAGAGCUUCAACAUUACCAGUUGGGACCAUUAUGGGCAGUGUUACUGCUCUUGUCCUCUUUGUUGGUGUGUUAUUUGGUGUAGGAUACAUCAUAUUAACCAGAAGACGGCAAUCCCCUAAAGAUCAGCAGUCAAUGCAGGUCGUUAUUACAGAAGUUGACAACACAGUGGCCGCUAUACCAGGAAGACCAGAACUACCAAACACCUCUGGUUCUGAGGUGACAUCUAUCUACGUCAAUGCAGGCAGACCAGGAGCAGUACCAGCAUCAGCAAUAGAAGAACACCACCCAGUGGACAAAGGGUACACUUUACCAGAAGAAAGUACAGAACUCUACAGCACUGUGCAGCAACCAGCGGUAGAAGAGCGCCACCUAGUGGACACAGUGGGCCCUCCAAAAAGACUGAGGCCAGGACCACAUAGCCCUUCUGAUGCAGAUCCUACAUCAAUCUACAGCACAGCCAGCUAUAGCCCAGAGCCACCCAGUGGACAAAUGGACAAAUAUGGGAAUAAUGUCAACAAACCAGACAAACUACCUUACUAAACUACCCCUCCAUUCCCCUGAUGUUGCAUUGACUAAGACUUGACCCAUAGACUUAGAUACUGAAGAGAAACACGGUGAAGUUACAAAGAGAAUUUAGAUAACUUAUUUUUUUACAUUGUUUAUGUCUAAUUUGAACCAUAUUUAAAUUGGCAAUCUGUGAUUGCUACAUCGAUUUUGGAGAUUUUUAAGUUAAUUAUAUAUAACUAUUGAUUAAUAUAACUUACGCUUGUUUAAACUCCAUUGUUUGUAAACAAUGUAAUUCUAAACAGACACUGUAUAGCUUCAAAACAUAGUUACAAAUAUAAUUUUGAUGUCUUGAAUGGUCAGUCCAUAGCAUCCAUAGCCUCAUCUAUGAAUUUAAGUGGUUACAUUUCUCCAGCCCCAUCACUAAGCUGUUAACCUCAAAAAGGUGGCAGCAUGACGGUAUUCUUAGUAUUUGAACUGCAGAUGUCCCCUUUAAUGAUACAUCGUUUUGCAUAAUGUGUUCUUUUCUGUAUUUGAAAAUGAUAAAACAUGUUGAUGAAUACAGCAGCACUUUACACGCUUUAAAAUAAAUGUUAUAUACAAAACA